UCCUCCUCCUCCUCCGCUGCUCACCGCCAAUCUGCAGGAGUCUUCUGCGUCUCCACAGGAGUCAUUGUUCUCGCUACACAACAUUUUCUUCCUCCGUUGCGCAGGAAGAACCGUGGACAUGAUGGGCAACAAGGAGCGACGCGGAGUGAACGUGAAGGGCUUGCUGAGGAGGAACUGGCUGCUGAUCGCCACGGUGGUGUCGGUGCUGAUCGGCAUCGGUUUGGGCGUUGUGGUCAGGGAGUAUGCUUCCCUCUCCCACCUCCACAAGCAGUAUUUCGGCUUCCCUGGAGAGAUCCUGAUGCGAAUGCUGAAACUGAUCAUCCUUCCACUCAUCAUCUCAAGCAUGAUCACAGGUGUUGCAGCCCUGGACUCUGAAGUGUCAGGAAAGAUAGGUCUUCGAGCUGUUAUCUAUUACUUCUCAACAACCAUCAUUGCAGUUAUCCUUGGAAUUAUUUUGGUGAUGACGAUCAAACCGGGUGUGUCCCAGGAAGCUGACCACAUUGACAGAACGGGGAUAACUCCCAAUGUUACUACAGUUGAUACACUACUGGAUCUCCUCAGAAACAUGUUUCCAGAAAAUCUGGUGCAGGCUUGUUUUCAGCAGUACAAAACAAAGCGGAAAGAGUUGGAGCCAGUGAAAGUCACGACCAACACCACUACAAUUCCACCUCUUGCAACAACCAUAAUGACAGUCGUAGAGAACAUCACUAAGGAGUAUAAAAUCGUUGGAUCAUAUUCAGAUGGAAUCAAUGUACUGGGCCUCAUUGUGUUCUGUGUGGCUUUCGGACUUGUCAUUGGGAAGAUGGGAGAGAAAGGCCGAAUACUCCUUGAAUUCUUUGAUGCCCUGAAUGAAGCCACCAUGAAACUGGUGCAGAUAAUUAUGUGCUACAUGCCGGUUGGAAUCCUUUUCCUCAUUGCUGCAAAGAUCAUUGAAGUGGAAGACUGGGAGAUCUUCAGGAAGAUGGGUCUUUAUAUGGUGACCGUGCUGAGUGGCUUAGCCAUCCAUGCCACGGUCUGUCUGCCGCUCAUCUUCUUCAUCAUUGUGAGGAAGAAUCCCUACACAUUCACCCUGGGAAUGGCUCAGGCCCUGGUGACUGCCCUCAUGAUCUCUUCCAGCUCCGCUACGCUGCCCGUCACCUUCCGCUGUGCUGAGGAGAACAACCGCAUCGACAAAAGGAUAACUCGGUUCGUGCUCCCAGUGGGCGCCACCAUCAACAUGGACGGCACAGCGUUGUAUGAGGCGGUGGCUGCCAUCUUUAUUGCUCAGCUUAACGACUACCCUCUGGACGUGGGCCAGAUUGUUACUAUCAGUAUAACAGCAACAGUUGCCAGUAUUGGAGCAGCAGGAGUCCCCAACGCUGGGCUCGUCACCAUGGUGAUAGUGUUAACAGCCGUCGGACUACCUGCGAGUGAUGUCACCCUGAUAGUCGCAGUGGAUUGGCUUCUGGAUCGCUUCCGUACAAUGAUCAAUGUCCUGGGCGACGCUUAUGGAGCUGGGAUUGUUCAGAAACUAUCCAAGAGGGAAUUGGAGAGGAUGGAUCUGAUUUCAGAUGUGGAUGUUGCAAACCCGUUUGCCCUGGAGGCAACGCUGGACGAUGAGGAGUGUGAGAAAAAAUCCUACGUCAACGGAGGCUUCACUGUCGAUAAGACUGACGCGAUUUCCUUCACAGAAACCUCCCAGUUUUAGCUUGCAGCUGGAAAGAGCUGUACGAUGGAAAAAAACUUUACUUCACCACCGCAACAUGAGAGAGAAGGAUCCAACCAGCCCAUCCAAGCCUAAACAUCAGCAACAGCUUAGAUGAACAUGAUCACCUUCCAUUUUGGAUGUUGAUAACAACCACUAGAUUCAAGUGCUUCCUUAUUGAUCAAAAGUUGUGCCAAGAUUUGAAAAAGGUAUUUUUUUUUCAAUAAGACUGAAAAGCUUCCUGCAAGGAGCAGUUUGCCAAUGAGUGCAUCCCAUGAGAUCCCUUUUGGAGGAGCUGGUGUUUCUGUGUUUGUAAUUUGAAGAAAACAAAAAGAUAUUGAUUAAUCCUUUAUUAGGCAAGAAAACUAAAUACUCCAUCAUGCACUGCUUGUGUAAUAAUAACAAUAUUGUGUACCUAUAUGUAUAUUUGAACUGUGCCAAACAUAUAACGAGUCGGUUGUUUUUGUUGUUUUGUUUUUUUUUUUGCCAAGUUGCAUGAAGCAAUAUGCCAUGAAAACUAAUCCGUGGCCUCAGAUUGAUGUUCAGUGAGGACUUC